ACUGUCCUGACAUUUGGGAGAUAUCUGUACUGUUCUGACAUUUGGGGGGAUAUCUGUACUGUCCUGACAUUUGGGGGAUAUCUGUACUGUUCUGACAUUUGGGGGAUAUCUGUACUGUCCUGACAUUUGGGGGAUAUCUGUACCGUCCUGACAUUUGGGGGAUAUCUGUACCGUCCUGACAUUUGGGGGAUAUCUGUACCGUCCUGACAUUUGGGGGAUAUCUGUACUGUCCUGACAUUUGGGGGAUAUCUGUACCGUCCUGACAUUUGGGGGA